CUUCACUACGUGUGUCCUUCAGUCGUGCCAGUCUACAGGGUUCCACAGUCUCGUCUUACAACAGGGAAGGAUGGCUGCCGACCACCCAAAGUUUGAUGACAAACAAAAGGAUCUGUUCAAGAAAUGCUUUCAGAUGCUUGAUAAAGACAAAGAUGGCUUCCUCCUGUCACGUGACCUGGGCAAGGCAAUGAUGUCACUCGGGAUCAAACCUAUGCCAUCAGACACAGCUCUGAAGGCCUCCCUGGUGGCGUAUGACCUGGACGAAAACGACAUGAUGGACUUCGAGGAGUUUCUGAAUUUUAUGUUCUUCCUCAAACAAGUGUUGACGCCCGACUCCCAGUUCGCGAGAGAGACGUUCAUAAAGCAUGACAAGGACGGAAAUGGAGUAUUGGACAAAGCAGAGCUGAAAGAAGCCAUAAAAUCUCUGGGCAGGGUGCACAACGACAAGACCAUCGACCUUAUGGUCAAGAUGGCGGACAAGAAUGGUGAUGACGUCAUCCAAUACGAAGAGUUCGUGCAGAUGAUAACGCCACGAUCAAAGUAGACAGACAGACGACAAUUCCACGACACGUGUGCAUGUCGUAUUUGCUAAGAUGUGAUGUCUUACUUUUCAUUCAUUUCAUUUAUUCAUUUAUACAGGUUAGCAUAUCGCCAUUUUGGCGCUUUUCAAAGCUCCUUGUGACAUACAUAACAUAAUAAAAGGUAACUUAAGUACAAUCAAAGGGUAAUGAUAAAAGAAACGGAACAGACUAAUAAAGUACAUAAAACAUACGAAAUAAAUAUGACAAAUGAUAUAAAUGAUAAUGAAACUGAAUUUGCAUAUCAAAGCAAAAUGGAAAAUUAACAACACAUUAUAUUAACUUUUGAGUAAAGAAAAGGUAGUCUUGAAGACACUGAGUGUUCUUGCAUUUCUGACAUGAGGAGGAAGUGUGUUCCAGAGGACUGCACCGGAAAAAGAAAGCGAUCUCUUUUUGUACUGCAAGCGAGCUUUUGGUAG